AUGGUUGCAUCAGUGAAAAGGACGAUAAGAAUUAAAACAGCUCAACACAUACUCCCAGAUCUACCACCGGUAGAAAACUUUCCAAUGCGUCAAUGGAGCAUUGAAAUAGUACUAUUAGACAAAGAAGGCAAUGAAAUACCUGCUACUAUCCUUGAUAAGGUCACAUACCAUCUUCACCCAACGUUUGUGAACCCUAAUAGAACUUUCACGGAGAUACCAUUUAGGAUUGAGGAGCAAGGUUGGGGUGGGUUCCCAUUGAAUAUAAGUUUAUUUCUUCUAGAGAAAGGUGGUGAAAGGAAAGUUACUCAUGAUUUGAAUUUCUUACAAGAAUCAUACGAAGUGGAUCAUGUUAUUCAAGUGCCCGUUAAUAAACCUGGAUUAGCUGCUGAAUUAGCUAAGAGUGGGCCUGCAGACGAAAUUAAUGCAUUAUUGACUAGUUCAGCAUCGACGAAAAGGAAAGGAGCUGUUACUAAUACGGAUUCUAAGACGAAAAAGCCGAAAUUAAGCUCUUCUCCCAUGGUUAGAGGUGAUGUUGAUAUUGAAAAAUUGGCAUUCGGUUUAACCAAAUUGAGUGAAGAUGAUUUAGUUGGUGUAGUACAAAUGGUUUCUGACAGUUGGACUCCAGAGGAAAGUGCCGCAAAUAAUGUGGAAGAGGGUGAAUUUGUAUUUGAUUUAUUCACAUUAAAGGAGGAUGUAUUAAAAAAUUUGUGGGACUAUGUUAUGAAGAAUACAGAAGGGAAGUAA